GUAGAACUGCUCCAUAGAGUGCAGCACGCCAGUAAGCAAAUCACUGCAGAUAAGCAGUACAAGGGCAUUAUCGACUGUGUGGUUCACAUUCCCAAGGAGCAGGGUGUCCUGUCCUUCUGGUGUGGUAACCUGGCCAAUGUCAUCCGAUACUUCCCCACCCAGGCUCUCAACUUCGCCUUCAAAGAUAAAUACAAACAGAUCUUCCUGGGUGGUGUGGACAAGAGGACCCAGUUUUGGCGCUACUUUGCAGGGAACCUGGCAUCAGGUGGCGCUGCAGGGGCCAUGUCUUUGUGCUUUGUAUACCCUCUUGAUUUUGCCCGUACCCGUCUAGCGGCUGAUGUGGGUAAAGCUGGCGCCGAAAGGGAGUUCAGAGGCCUCGGUGACUGCCUCAUUAAGAUCUACAAGUCGGAUGGGAUUAGGGGCCUGUACCAAGGCUUUAAUAUGUCUGUGCAGGGUAUUAUCAUCUACCAAGCUGCCUACUUCGGUAUCUAUGACACUGCAAAGGGAAUGCUUCCAGAUCCCAAGAAUACACACAUCUUCAACUAUCACACAUUAUUCAUCUCAAAGCUGGCCUUCUCCAUUGACCUCAGCAUGGUGGUAGUAAUCCUGUGGGUGGGGGCCAAGGGUGCCACUGAACAUCCUACAGUGCACAGGAGGGGCCCCACGACCACGGACUCUCCACCCGCAAUGUCAGCGUGCCGGGACGGGGAAUCGCUGCCUUAUGUUGACGUGGUCACCUGCUUCUCUGAGCGCCAUGCUUCGGCACUUACACUUCGUACUUACUGUUCCCAACAGAAACUUUAUGACGGAAAAGGCCAAAGGUUUUUGUGCUUAGAAGCCCAGGUUCUUGAGACUUAA